AUGAGAUCAAUUUCUGUCCUCCUUUCACUCCUGGCCGCCCCUAUCCAGGCUGCCGUUAGCAUCAGUGACCCAUCUGAUGUGAUUAACCCUGCAGACUGGGCUGCCGACAACGCGUUGCUGGCUGACUAUAAUGUGGCGUUUGUAGAGACCCAACCGUCCGAUGUCAAGGCUGUUCAUAUUUACAGCUCCGAGGCCGUAGCACUUAAUCAUUUGUCCUUGUCGGCGGAUGAAAAUGACACCAGUGUCAUUCUAGUAUCGGAAAAUGGAUCAUUGACAGGUUCAUAUCUUGACAUCUUGAAGACCGGAUAUAGUUCAAAUCUUCUGUAUGCCAGUUUCUGGGGCUUUAAUGCAGCAGUCAACGUUGCUAACAGUUCCUCUGCUCAUCUUGAUCACGUCAACAUUACUGUUCACAAUGGAGCAGCGAACGUUUACUCAUAUGGAACCGGGUCAGUUGUCCACAUUAAUGACUCCUGGCUGUAUAGCAGUGGUCCAGUGAGCCACGGACUUUAUGCUUCUGGAAACGGAACGAUCGUUGGACGUAACUUGAAAGUUUAUAGUGGAGGCACUCGCUCUUCUUCGUUCAGUGGCGACUCUCCUGCUGGUUACAUCUACGUAUAUGACAGUGUUGCACACGCGAAGGGGGUCGGAAGCGCUACUUUCUACGCUCUGGGCACCGUUCAUGCGCAAGAUGUUGUAUCAAUCUCUGAGCACGGUCCAGUAGUUUUCAUGGAUGGAGCCCAGAAUGCGACAUUGGUCAACUGUGACGCGACUGCCGGUCUGUUAGGCGGCGUUGCCUUGUUUAGCUCUUCAGACCGCCAGAGUGGAGCCAAACUCAACCUCAUCAACUCCAAAAUUACCACUCUUGGCGACAUUCCAGGUCUUUGGUUCGGGAACACGAUCGUCGAUGUUCUCAUCAACAGCUGCCAAAUUGUUGCCCCCAGUAACGUUCUGAUCGUUGCCAACUACUCUCAAAUUACGCAGGAUUUUGACUAUUACGCUGGCUUUGAGGCAAAUAGCGACCUGCUUCCCGCAGAGGUAUAUGCCGAGGUUCACGAAUCCGCCCUAUCAGGAGACCUGGUCCCAUACAAUGGAAGCUAUAUCUCUUUCUCUUUGAAUUCUCACAGUACAUGGAGUGGUGCUGCUUAUUCAGGCUUCGGAGUCGGCUUGAUCGAUGUCGCCUUAUCGGCCAACAGCAACUGGACCCUCACCGCCAACUCAACAGUCCAGAACCUUACAGACGCAGACACGACGCUUUCCAAUAUUGAAAGUUGUGGCUACACUCUAUACUACAACUCUACUCUCAAUGAAUGGCUUGGCGGUCAGACCGUAUUAUUGGCAGGUGGUGGUUCAGCGACACCGGUAUAA